AUGGCGAUGAAACGGGGCCGAAUGAAGCCAUCCAAGCCCAUUGAUAUUCCAAUCUCAGACCAGCAGCCGCCGAGGAGGAAAGGGUGCUCCAUGUGUACCAAACGUCGGAUUCGAUGUGAUUUGUCCGCACCCUCCUGUAAGAAAUGUAUUAAAAAGGGCCUCUCUUGCCCGGGAUAUGGUUCGCGGAUUCGAUGGGUUGGUGGUGCUGCGAUACGUGGCCAUCUAAAAGGCCUUGGAGAUUCUGGUCAAGUCGAGGACACUCAGCCACCACCGCCAACCAAUCAUGCAGCAUUCUCACGAGGCGACCCUGACGUCCCGGAAGAUGCACGGAAUGAAGCUGUGGCCAUGAUAUCUCGGUAUAUCCAUGAUGUUACCUGCCAAAUUGCUACCGGGGGUAGUAGACUCGUGAAAGAGGGUCUUGGCGAGGAGGCUGCAGACUGGAUUUUGGCGUCAAUGCUCGUUCUUUCGUGUUAUGAGAUGUUCCAUUCUGGUGCAGCAGCUGCCGAGUUCCAUCGCACUGCAGCGAAGUCCUUCGUCAAUACGUUGUCAACCACAGAAUGGCGCCAAAGCACGCUGUUCCUGUCACUUAGAAAUAAGCUGUCCACGUAUGAUGUCUUUGCAUGCACAACAUCAUUUGAUAUAUCAAGUAUUCGCAAGGCAGUGCUUCCGGACCUUGAAAGUACAAGGAUACUCCGAAAUGAGACGGUUCUCUUCUUGGAAUACCUGGUGCUAUUGCAUGAGGUGACUCUAAUAUCUCGUCAGCCGACACCUCUCCCUCCUCCUUCGAAACAACAACACAUUCGAGACUGGAAAGGAGAAUUUGAAUUAGCUAGAGGCGCUACUUUGAUGGCUGCUGGUAGGCUAAAUAUUCACAAUGCUUCUCAGACGCGUGACCUCAUCCGGCUGGUUGACAUUCAUCAUCACGCUGGCCUGCUUUAUGUUGCGGCAUGUUUUGGUCAAAGCCUUGAUUACGAUGAGAUGUCGAAGACAGCCUCGAGGGACUUGAAAGCCCAGAUCAUAGCCCUGGAGAAUAUCAAUCAAUGCAUCCACAACCUGCCCUGGCCUCUCUUUAUUUUAGGUGUGAAGAGCCAUGGCCAUCCGGAGAAUCGCAAGCUCGUCUCCAAGUUGUACACGACAAUACCGGAAAUUACCGGCUGCAAGCAAUACUAUGACGUCCUGGAGUUUCUGCAUGAGUUCUGGUCGGGAAGUGAGAUUGAAUGGCAGCCAUUGGCUCGAAGGUGGGAAUUACGUGGAAACCGGAUUCUUGCGUUUUAG